AUGAUAGAGCGAUGGCAUCGCACGCUCAAAGCGGCCAUCCUCUGUAACGACACAACGAACUGGACGGACCAUCUGCCCAUCAUCCUGCUGGGAAUGCGCACCGCUGUGAAGGACGACGUUACGCAUUCCGGCGGACUUUGUCAGCGACACACCGGCAGUCCCAUCAUGCCCGGAUCCGGAAUACAUCUCGCCACCUCCACACACGUGUUCGUGAGAAAUAACUCAGUGCGCCCAUCACUGUCGACGCCCUACGACGGACCGUAUAAGGUGAGCGAGCGCACCGACAAAUUCUUCACGCUCUUGGUAAACGGCAAGUCGGUCAAGAUAUCGAUCGACCGCUUGAAGCCGAGCUACGGGGCGGAAGACAGCAACGACAGCAGCGACGACAGCGGGAUCAAAAGCGACUCCUCGACAUCAUCACCACCAGCGCAACCC